GGAUGCCGUCCCAACCACCUGAGCCACACCGGCCAGGGCCAGUGGUUGAUUCUUGUACUUGCCCUGACCUGGCAUUGAACAUGCAGCCUUGGCAUAUUGGGACCAUGCUUUAACCAACUGAGCUACCUGGCCAGGACCUAUUUUAUUCAUUUAUUUAUUUAUUUUCCCCAGUGCACUUCCUGUUUAGUUGGUCAUUAGCAAGUUUAGGGCCCAAAGUUAAUACCCUGAAAAAAAAAAUAUUCACAAGAUAAAGUUUUUAUUAUGUUUUGUUUAAAUUAGCUUGAUAAAAAUCAGCUUUCCAUUUCACCUCCAAGAUACAGUGUUCUUCCUCUUAGCCCUUGAAUACACUCCUUUCUAGUGUCUUCUAAUCAUUUCCUCACUUUAUGAUUUUCAGUUUGAGUUUCCAGUUCUGAUAUUCUUUGUCUUUUGUGUUUCCCUUCAUUUCUUUUUCAGUCUCAUUCCGAGAAGAAAUGUCAGUGGAUGAAUGCCCCCACCCUUCCCGUUGAAAUUAAGAGCAGGAUUAUGUGAUCGCUGUGCAGUAACUGAAGAACAUAUGCGAAAAAAACAGCAAGAAUUUGAAAAUAUCCGGCAGCAGAAUCUUAAACUUAUCACAGAGCUUAUGAAUGAAAAGAAUACUCUACAGGAAGAAAAUAAAAAGCUUUCUGAACAGCUGCAGCAGAAAAUUGAGAAUGAUCAACAGCAUCAAGCAGCUGAGCUUGAAUCUGAGGAAAAUGUUAUUCCAGAUUCACCAAUAACAGCCUUUUCAUUUUCUGGCAUUAAUCGUCUACGAAGAAAGGAGAACCUCCAUGUUCGAUACAUAGAACAAACCCAUACUAAACCAGAGCACUCUGUGUGUACAAAUGAAUUGAGAAAAGUUCCAAAAUCUUCAACUCAUCCACAACCUAAGCCUAAUGAAAAUGAAAUUCUGGUGGCUGACACUUGUGAUCAAAGUCACUCUCCAGUGGCUAAAACACAUGGAACAAGCAGUUAUCCCACUGAUAAGUCAUCUUUUAAUUUAGCUACAAUCGUUGCCGAGACACUUGGACUUAAUGUUCCAGAAGAAUCUGAAUCUCACAGCCCCAUGAGCCCCCUUGGUGAUGAGCUCUACCACAGUCUGGAAGGAGAUCACAAGAAACAGCCGUCAGAGGAGUCUACAAGAAAUAAUGAAGAUCAUUUAAGAUUUUCAGAUCCUAAUUCAAAGACUCCUCCUCAAGAACUGUCUACUCGGGUAUCAUCUCCUGUAUUUGGAGCUACCUCUAAUGUGAAAAGUAGUUUUGGUUUGAGUACAAGUUUGUCCCCUUCUCUUUUAGAGACUGGGAAAAAAAGCCAUCUGAAAAUAGCACCUUUCAGCAGCACUUCUAAUUCCAGAUCAGAGAAAACUAGAUCAAAAUCUGAAGAUAGUUCCCUUUUCACACAUCCUAAUCUUGGGUCCAACGUGAACAAGAUCAUUAGCCAAUCUUCUAAUAAGCAGAUGCUUAUAAAUAAAAAUAUAAGUGAAUCCAUAAGUGAACAGGAUAGUUCCACUCACGUUAAAGAUGCUAUUACUGAUAAACAUGCGGGGCCCCUGAAAUCACUGGGAUGCAAAACAUCCAAAAGGAAGAAAAUUGAGGAAGAAAUUGAAGAUGAAGGAAGCCGCCCCCAAGCCUCUUUUGAUAAAGAAAAUGCUUUUCCUUUUCCGCUGAAUAGUCAUUCUUUUAUGAAUGGAGACUAUGCUAUGGAUAAACCUCUGGAUCUGUCUGAUCGGUUUUCAGCUAUUCAGCGUCAAGAGAAGAGCCAAGGAAGUGAGACAUCUAAAAUCAGAUUUAGACAAGCGACUCUCUUCGAGGCUUUGAAGCCCAUUCCAAAGGGCUCUUCCUCAAGCCGAAAGGCCUCGAGUGGGAGCUGUGUGCCCACCAAAGAUUCCCCAGAGGAGCCCCGUUUACAGGAGUGCAUCCUCCAGCCCCUGAGUAAAUCCUCUCCAGAUAACAAAACACUACAAAUAAAGGAAGAAAAUCCUAUCUUUAAAAUCCCUCUGCAUCCACGUGAAAGUUUGGAGACAGAGAAUCUUUUUGAUGACAUGCAGGGUGCUGGUUCUCAUGAGCCAGUAAGAACAAAAACCAGAUCAGUUCAUGGAGCAUGCGAACUUGCAUCAGUUCUUCAGUUAAAUCCAUGUAGAAUCGCUAAAACAAAGCCUCUACAAAACAAUCAAGAUGUAUCCUUUGAAAAUAUCCAGUGGAGUAUAGAUCCAGGAACAGACCUUUCUCAGUAUAAAAUGGAUGUUACUGUAAUAGAUACAAAGGAUGGCAGUCAGUCAAGAUUAGCAGGAGGUGAGACAGUGGACACGGACUGUACGUUGGUUAGUGAAACUGUGCUUUUAAAAGUGAAGAAGCAAGAGCAGAAGGGAGAAAAACGUCCACAUGGAGAAAGAAAACUGAAUGAUAGCUUGGAAGAUAUGUUUGAUCGGACAACACAUGAAGAAUAUGAGUCCUGUUUGGCACAUAGCUACCCCCACGUAACAGAGGAAGAGGAGGAAUUGUCCGCUACCACAAAGAAACCAAACACUCAUGGUGACAAACAAGAUAAAAUCACACAGAAAGCAUUUGUGGAGCCCUAUUUUAAAGAUGAUGAAAGAGAGACUGGCUUACAAAAUUUUCCUCAUAUUGAGGUGGUUCGGAAAAAAGAAGAGAGAAGAAAAUUGCUUGGACACACAUGUAAGGAAUGUGAAAUUUAUUAUGCAGACAUUCCAGCAGAAGAAAGAGAAAAGAAGUUGGCUUCCUGUUCAAGACACCGAUUCCGCUACAUUCCACCCAACACACCAGAGAAUUUUUGGGAAGUUGGUUUUCCUUCCACUCAGACUUGUAUGGAAAGAGGUUACAUUAAGGAAGAUCUCGAUCCCUGUCCUCGCCCAAAAAGACGGCAGCCUUACAAUGCAGUCUUCUCUCCAAAAGGCAAGGAGCAGAAGACAUAGAUGUUGAAGCAGAAUCAUGAUAGAGAACAAGUGUUUUUUUUCUUCUAGUUAUUUAUAGCUAAUGUUGGUAUUAAACACUGAUUUUUUUUUAAUCUUCUGUAAACUGAUUUAUAAAUCAUUUUUCUAUUGAAGAUGUUUUCAAGCAACAUUUACCCACCGUACAACUACUUAAAAUAUGGAUGUUUAUAUUAUUUUCUUGCUUUUGCACCUUUAGACAAUAAGGUGCUUUCAUUUUGCACUCUUGACUUAAGAGCUGUUUAUUUACUUUGUUUGGUAUUACCCAAUUACAGUUUUGAAAACAUG